AUGGCGUCAAAUCUCCCAGCCCAGCCAAAUCUCCGGGUCACGAUUAUCGCGGCUGAUGGCUUGUACAAACGCGAUGUCUUCCGAUUCCCCGAUCCAUUCGCCGUGGCUACUGUUGGAGGAGAACAAACCCAUACAACUUCUGUGAUCAAGAAGACUCUGAAUCCCUAUUGGAAUGAGCCAUUCGAUUUGAGAGUCAACGAGGACAGCAUUCUUGCGAUUCAGAUCUUCGACCAGAAGAAAUUCAAGAAGAAGGACCAGGGUUUCCUCGGAGUCAUCAAUGUCCGCAUCGGCGAUGUCAUUGACUUGUCGAUGGGUGGUGAUGAAAUGCUUACUCGGGAUCUGAAAAAAUCGAACGAUAACCUCGUGGUCCACGGAAAAUUGAUCAUCAACCUAUCUUCAAACCUCACCACCCCGCAUCCGAACCAGAAUGGACUCCAACGUCAACAGGCCCAGACAUCGACUUCCAGCGGCCUUGUGCCCCAGGUUGCAGCACCAACAUCCCAGUCACAAGCUGGCCCAAGCAAUAUCGAUACGUCCCCUGCGGCAGCAUCAAGUUCAUCAUUGACCCAGCGCACUCCGACCACCGCUCCACCGGCCGGUGCCCCUCCCUCCUCAUUUGAGGACAGCCAAGGUAGACUCCCUGCUGGAUACGAACGACGUGAAGACAAUCUGGGACGGACAUAUUAUGUGGACCACAAUACGCGCACCACAACAUGGUCACGACCAUCGGCCAACUACAACGAGCAUGCCCAGCGCUCGCAGCGCGAAGCCAACAUGCAGCUUGAACGUCGGGCCCACCAGAGCCGAAUGCUUCCGGAAGAUCGGACUGGCGCCAAUUCACCCAACCUGCCAGAUGCCCAGCAGAUACCUACACCACCGCCCGGGCCUAACGCAGGAACUUCUCUCGCAUCUGGAGCUCCAGCCGGGUCCAACGCCGCCGCGAUCUCCAUGAUGGCGACGGGAGCCACCACUGCAGGCACAGGGGAGCUUCCACCAGGCUGGGAACGACGAGUGACGCCCGAGGGGCGGCCCUAUUUCGUGGACCACAACACACGCACGACGACAUGGGUCGAUCCUCGUCGGCAGCAGUAUAUCCGCAUGUACGGCCAGGGCCAGACCACAGGUGGCGCGAACAACACCACCAUUCAACAGCAGCCUGUAUCCCAAUUGGGUCCUCUCCCCAGCGGCUGGGAGAUGCGUCUUACCAACACUGCUCGAGUAUAUUUCGUCGACCACAACACCAAGACGACUACUUGGGAUGAUCCGCGCCUCCCGUCCUCUUUGGAUCAGGGCGUGCCCCAGUAUAAGCGUGACUUCCGCCGCAAGCUGAUCUACUUCCGGUCCCAACCCGCGUUGCGCAUUAUGUCCGGACAGUGCCACGUUAAAGUCCGUCGUAAUAACAUCUUCGAGGAUUCAUAUGCCGAGAUUAUGCGCCAGAGCGCAUCCGAUCUUAAGAAGCGCCUAAUGAUCAAGUUCGAUGGCGAAGAUGGUCUUGACUACGGUGGUCUUUCACGUGAAUUCUUCUUCCUCCUCUCACACGAAAUGUUCAAUCCUUUCUACUGUCUCUUCGAAUACUCUGCCCACGAUAAUUAUACCUUGCAGAUUAAUCCUCACUCGGGAGUGAACCCCGAGCAUCUCAAUUACUUCAAGUUCAUCGGCCGGGUGGUUGGUCUGGCUAUCUUCCACCGUCGUUUCCUGGAUUCCUUCUUCAUCGGAGCCUUCUACAAGAUGAUGUUGCGGAAGAAGGUCAGUCUCCAAGAUAUGGAGGGCGUGGAUGAGGAUUUGCACCGCAACUUGGCAUGGACACUGGAUAAUGACAUUGACGGAAUUGUGGAACUCACAUUUUCGGUUGACGAUGAGAAGUUUGGCGAGCGUCGCACUAUUGAUUUGAUACCCGGUGGCCGGGAUAUUCCCGUCACCAACGAGAACAAGCCACAGUACAUUGAGUUGGUUACGGAAUGGAAGAUCAUGAAGCGAGUUGAGGAGCAGUUCGACGCCUUCAUGUCCGGCUUCAACGAGCUUAUCCCGCCCGACCUCGUCAAUGUCUUUGACGAGCGCGAACUUGAGUUGCUCAUUGGUGGUAUUGCCGACAUUGAUGUCGAAGACUGGAAGAAGCACACCGACUACCGCGGCUACCAGGAGCAGGACGAGGUUAUCCAGAACUUCUGGAAGAUCGUCCGCACCUGGGAUGCUGAGCAGAAGUCGCGUCUUCUCCAGUUCACUACUGGUACCUCACGUAUUCCCGUCAACGGAUUCAAGGAUCUGCAGGGAUCUGAUGGCCCCAGACGGUUUACCAUUGAGAAGUCUGGUGAUCCUGCUGCGCUUCCCAAGUCGCAUACUUGCUUCAACCGUCUUGAUCUUCCUCCUUACAAGACGCACGAUGCCCUCGAGCACAAAAUGUCUAUCGCGGUGGAGGAAACGCUUGGCUUUGGACAGGAAUAG